GUCCCAGUUCAAAUCGGAUGCAGCGCACCCCCCGCGGAGUUGCCGCGGCCAUUUCGCCGGGAAGCCCACUUCGUCGGGCCGACUCGAUGAGUCCAACCAACCACUCGAACCCGUUAUACGCAUCAACAUCUCCCAUGGGCUCGGUGACGUCGCGACGGGAGAGCGACCAACGACGGGCACAAGAAGCAGGGAUGAGUUUACUGGGUCUUGCGUUUGAUGGCGGACACAUGACACCUCCGACCGCGCGCAGCCCGUCGUCGUAUGGAGGCUCGCCAGUGACCCACCAGAAGACCAGCUUCGGCAUCGCGCAGGCGCAGUACGACGAGCACUUGGCCCCAUUGGAGGGGGUCGAUCCGAACUUGUUUAUGGAGGGCGUGAAAGAGCACGCAAAGUACCUCGGCAUGGAUCCACAACGAGAUAACGACAUGCUAUGGAUUGCGCGAGAGUCCUUGGUCGCUCCAAUGCCGACGGGAUGGCACCAGAUUAUGACGAAGGAAGGCGUGCCGUAUUACUAUAACGAUCACACGGGCGAGAGUCGAUGGGAGCAUCCGUCCGAUCAAGAUUACAUGGCAUUGUACCAAGAAGUUAUGCGCAUGAAGUUGGCGGGAGAGCCGAUUGACGUUUCUCGGCUGAAGUAUCAAUUCGUACAGCGGCAGGCGUUGAACACUCACCAGCACCAUGGCGCCGGGCUCCAUCUCGACGACGCAUGGGCACGUUCUGGUUCUAGCGGUUCGUACCACAUCGAUACACCGACCGACCCCCACGAUGGCUACAACCAAGGACAGUACGAGGCAUGGUCCCAGUCGUCGGCCCCAUCACGUCGCCGUCGUCCUCACUCAAGUUCUCACGGCAAACUCGAAGAUGUGGAGAGCGAGUACGACGACGAAGCGCAUGAAUGCACAGGCGAGGAUAUUCCGUACAGUCCUCGCGAUGACGAUGACAAUGGCAGCGACAUCCAAGUGACAACUACCCGCCGCGGCGGUGCUGCCCUCGACGACAUGCCGGUAGGAUGGACACCGUCUCAAAUGUACUUUGUGCCAAACGUGCGGAACGUGUGGACAAUAUGUCAUGCAAUGCAGAAUUCGCCAAGACGUGUGUACUCGAUGGGAGACUUUGAGCUCGUCCAUGGCAUGUGGUGAACGACGGAAUGUGGCGCCACGUUUGUGUCGGCAAGCUUGUGCGCGAGAGAUCAACUGACGUGUGUGUGUCAGGACGACGGCCAUCGGGCACUCGUCGAGUCCUUGUACGCCCAACUGAACGAGUGCAAGACAAAAUUGGAGCUCCAGCAACAACAUCAAGACGUCGUCGAUGCGUUGCAAAAGUCGCUGUACGACAUCACGGGGCAGUUGGAGGCCCACGUGAAAGAAGUCGCAUCGGCCAACGAAGCGUUGAAAGCCGUCCAAGACGAACUGGCCACAGCAAUGCGCGACAAGCACACAAGUGCACAACACGUCAUCGAGUUGGAGGACGCGCUCAAGCAAAGUCGCCAGCAACUGGUUCGUAUCGACGCUACGUCCAAGGGAAAAAGCCCUCUCUCUCUCUCUCUGCGGUCGUCUCGAUAGAGACUUGCAUGGUCCUAGCCCAAGGCGAAGUCGAGAUUGCCAAGGCGAAAGAAGCGCAGGACAACUUGGCGUUGCGCCAGGAGGUCAAGACGCUCACGAUGAGGCUGCACGAUGCCGAGACAAGCGCUGCGGUCGACGAGGUUCAGAAACAAUUGAAAAAAGAAACCAAGCUCCGAUUUCAGUGGGAGCAAAAGUUCAAGUCGCUCGAAGAACAGCAUCAAGCGUUGAUGAUUCAAGUGAACGAUGCGAAUCGAAAGCACGAAUUGGAUCGUCACGUGGCGCAGGGAGAUGUCGAGACCUAUCAAAACGAACUCGCGCAAAGCAAAGCGAAACUCGCGUCGGAGAUCCAAACGAUAAGCGACAACCAUGCCCACGAGUUGGAACGCGUGAAACACGCGAUGGGCAUGCGCCAUGCCCAAGAAAUCGACGAGCUCACACGAGAGCAUGAUAAGCAAUUGAAAGCGCUACAAACGAGCGAAAACGCGCUCCUCGCGACUGUGCGGGCGUUGGAAGCCGAUAGAUUGACCCAAUCGGCGGCCUUGGCCGACUCGGCGACGCAGUUGCAAGCGGUCCAGCGUGAGGCGGCUCAAAGCACCCGUCGGAUCAAGCAACUGGAAGCCAGUGAAACAGCCAACGUGAAGCAGAUCGCAUCGCUGCAGGCCGAGCUGGACGCGUUGAAGACCUCUGUUCAAGCGCAGAUGGACCAAGCCAAGCAAGCUGGGAUCGCCGAAGCGACGGCCAAGAUGCACGCGGCGGUGCGCGCGGCGGUCGAAGAAAAGGAUCAGCUGGCCCAGUUGUAUGCCCAGGAAAUGAAGGCACGGCGACAAUUGCACAACCGAGUGAUGGAAAUGGCCGGCAACAUUCGUGUGUUUUGCCGCAUUCGACCCGUGUCGAAUGUCGAGGUCACGAGCGCCGACUCGGCUCAAGUCGUUACGUUCCGGCCCAACGACCCGCACGUGUUGGACCUGACGGUCGCCGAAGGCCAAAAGCACACGUUCGAAUUCGAUUAUGUCUUUCAGCCAACGACCGGUCAGGCGGACGUGUUCGAGCAAACCAAAGCGUUGGUCGUGAGUGCGAUGGACGGAUUCAAUGUGUGCAUCUUUGCGUACGGCCAAACAGGGUCUGGGAAAACGCAUACGAUGGAAGGUCCCGCGACGGACCGAGGCGUGAAUUUCCGAGCGAUGGACGAACUGUUUCGCGUGCGGGACGAGCGCGUGCGGUCGGGAAACGUCGAAUGCGACAUGAAAUUGAGCAUCCUCGAAGUGUACAACGAAACCAUCGUGGACCUCUUGGACGACUCGCCAACGGGUGAACGCAAGCCCCUUGAAGUUCGCAUGGGCAAGCAAGGCGCGUACGUUGAGAAUUUGAUGGAAGUCGAAGUGUACUCGGCAUCGGACGUUGACGACCUCAUGAAACUCGGGCACUCGCACCGCAGCGUCGGUUCGCACGACGUGAAUGAACACAGCAGUCGGUCCCACUUGGUGGUAUCCAUCACGAUCACGUCGUCACACAAGCUCGACGGUCGCAAAUCGUUGUCCAAGCUGCACUUAAUCGACCUUGCCGGCUCCGAACGCAUCAGCAAGACCGCCGCGAGCGGCCAGCGGCUCAAGGAAGCGCAGCACAUCAAUCGAUCGUUGUCUGCCUUGGGCGACGUCAUUGCGUCGCUCGGAGGCCACAGCAAGCACGUGCCGUAUCGAAAUUCCAAACUUACAUUUUUGUUGCAAGAAUCGCUCAGCGGCAACUCCAAGGUGCUCAUGUUCGUCAACGUGAGCCCAGUGCAGUGGAAUGCGUGGGAAUCGUUGUGCUCGUUAAAUUUUGCCCAGCGAUGCCGCAACGUGGCGCUGGGCCAGGCCAAAGCCAACACCUCGAUAACGAAUGGCCCGAAUGCAGCGACGAGCGUCCCCAAGCCAGCCAAAGCGCCGUCGUCCAAGCAAGGGGGCACCUUGACCGCCACCGAAAAAGUCCGUGUUAGCCUCGCGCCCAAGAGCCCAAAGAAAGACAACUAACCACGACGUCGACAGCCCAUCCAACAUCUUCACACGGCACCAUGCAUCCGACCAACGCCUAACAGCAAGCGAACGUUGAAGCACCAAACGAGUCUUUUGGCAUCCCUGUGCCACACGAAACGUCGCAUCGCCCGAAUGAAUCCGUUGACGUCGCGAUCGAUUGCAACUGUGGGGGGAUUUUGCAGCUCAGCGGAGUACCGUCCUGAUGUAUCCGCGCGAUGCAUGAGCUACCAACGAAAUGUUCCUUGUUCAAAGCAGUGUUGCUACCCCCGACGUAGUACGUUAUUACGGGCUGCACCGUGUGUCGGCAGGUCUGUCGCAACCAGGUGGUGAUGGAUGUGUUCCGGCUCGCGCAGCGUCCGGCAACCACUGCUGAAGUCCACGACCUUGGGCAAGGGACAACCUUGCUUGGGGGCGCGACUCAAAUGAGAAACUGAUGUAUUCGACGG